GUUGUAAGUCCUCACCGCAAAAUCCAGCCACCAACGACAAUGGCUUCACUGCCCAAAUCCACCACCGUCGUCCCAAUCCUCAUCCUCCUCGCCGCCUCUCUCUGCCUCGCACUGCCGUCAUCAAAAGACCCAGUUCCCACCCCGUGGCCCCACCAAUUCCACUCCAUACUGAUGAUGAACUACACCGGAACCCUCGAGCUGAUCGACCUCUGGUACGACUGGCCCAACGGCCGGAACUUCAACAUCAUACGGCACCAGCUGGGAUCGGUCACCUACGACCUCGAGUGGAACAACGGCACCUCCUUUGUCUACACAUUGGACUCCGCCCGAGAGUGCAAAACCGUCCACGUUGAAGUGGGCAUUCUCCGACCCGAUUGGCUCGACGGAGCCAGGUAUGUGGGUCGGCGCCUCGUGGACGGUGGUUUCUUGUGCGAUGUUUGGGAGAAGGCCGACUUCAUAACGUACUAUGAGGACGUUGAUACCAAUCGGCCUGUCCAUUGGGUUUUCUACACAGGGAGGGAGGCACAUGUGAUGACAUUUGAGGUUGGGGCAGUGCUCGAGGAUGCGAAAUGGCAAGCCCCUGUGUACUGCUUUGAUAACAAGAAAACUGAUACUGUCCCAGAAGCAGAAGCAGAAGCAGAGUAUUCCAUCACCGGUGCUUCUAUGGAUGGAGGAUUUCUGAAAGGUUCAAAUCUAUUGGGAUUCAAUUUAUAGUGAUGUUCAGGGUUUAUGUUUUCUUUCUUUUUGUUUUUUGUACUCAACUUUUAUAUAUAAGAAUAAAUGAUUUUAUGGUUAACAA